GCCAUUCAUCAGGCGGUUACAGUGAGGGAAGGACGAGAGGAGUCGCCGCGCCGAGGGUGUGGAGUGGAGAGAUGUCACUUUCUGUGCGUGUGUGCGCGCUCGGGUGCGUAGCGGGAUUAUCAUUACGCACGUUAUGCGGAGCGCUGUUUUGGUGAUGCGUUCAGUCGGGAGAGGUUCAGCGGGGAGCUGAGAGCGUCAAACCGGAGAACCAGCGGCAGAAUCAGCACAAUAAUAACCGGGGACAGAAGGAAAGGGGGGCCUGGUUUGUUAUGGGGGGGAUUUUGACUCGUUUUCUCUGUCGCAGAGAAGAUGUGCGUCGUUAAACAAAGGAAGUAGUUGUUUUUUUUUUUGUUUGUUUGUUGUUGUUUUUUUGUAAGGAUACGGAAUCUCCUUUGUAUUUUAACCCUGACACCCUCUCCGGUUCGGACUUGCAUCCAUGCCCGUCCUGGCUCUGACGGGCUGAAUCUCCGGGCUCUCGUCUGCUUUGGGGUCCAUGUGGAGCGACAGAAGGAGCACCAAACACGGCGAGCUGAGCUCAAUCCGAAAUGUGACAUUUUCAAAUUAACAUUCGUCACCCCAUCAAACCCGGCGACUGUGAAUCCCUCCUCAUACUAGAUCACGUCUGUUUACAUCGAUCAAGAUGGCAUUCCCACCUGUGGUCCUCCUGCUGCUGGCUGUUGCUCAUCACGGCUGUGGUCAGAACCCGGCCGACUCCGAGGCGCUCCCAAGAGGCUGCGGCUGGGGCCUCAUGCGGCCCUACACCCUCCUCUGUGACCUGGAAUCCAUUUGGGGCGUAGCGGUCGAAGCUGUGGCUGCCGGUGGGACGCUGGCCGCCAUCCUACUCGCCCUGGUGCUGCUGUGUCGCCUGCGCCACAUCAGCGAAGCGGAUAAGCGCAGUGGCGUGGGGCCCAUCCUGCUGCUGAUCCUGGGCAUCCUUGGCUUGUUCGGCCUCAGCUUUGCUUACCUGAUCGAGCAGGACGAGUCUCUUUGUCUGAUCCGCAGGGCUUUGUGGGGUCUCCUUUUCGCUGUCUGCUUCUCCUGCCUGCUGGUCCAGGGGGUUCGGCUGCGCAGGCUGGGCCGAGAGCGCCGAAGUCCCGGAGGAUGUGCUCUGACGGGCUUGGCGUUGGGUUUGAGUGCAGUGCAGGGCAUCAUUGCUGCUGAGUGGCUACUACUGACCGUGCUGAGAGAAGGGAGAGCUGCGUGCCAGUACCUACCUUUGGACUUCUCGUUAGCUUGCAGCUACGUGCUAGCCCUACUUCUCGCCGCCCUGACGGCAGCCUCCUUGGCCCUGUGUGGGAAAACCCGUCACUGGCGCUGCAAUGCCGUCUGGCUGCUGGUGACCUGCCUGCUGUCCCUUCUGCUGUGGGUGGCCUGGGUGGGCUUCUACCUGUAUGGUAACGACUGGCUCGGCAGGUCCCCAGAGUGGAACGAUCCAGCACUGGCGAUAGCCUUGGUGGCCCAGGGCUGGCUCCUGCUGAUUUUCCAUGCCAUUCCCGAAUCCCACAUCUGCUUGAGACCCCCGCCGCAACCCACUGCCCCAGACUACUUCGACACAUCCCAGAACUCAACGCGGAUGAGGGAGACGAGCUUCGACGAAGACAUCCCUCUGUCUCACCGGCAGUUUGUGGAGAACCAGGGCUACGGAUACAAUGACGAGAACACAGCAGGCCUGAGGAGCGGUAGCAGUGCCGCCCAACACAACAGCAACACCGGCGCCAGGCCCAGUGCUCCCUUCCGCAGCAACGUCUACCAGCCCACAGAGAUGACCAUGAUCCUGAACGGGGGAGCGGUGAGUACAUCUUCCCAGUCACAGGUGCCCUCCGCCCCUCCCACCUAUACCGGAAGGCAGCUGUGGUGAGCGAGGAGAAAGAAGAUGUUUGAUGGAAAAUGGCAAGGAGAGGAUGGAGGGAGUGAGGAGGAAGGGGUCCAGGAUGGUGGGGGGUGGGGAUGGGGUGUGUUGGGGGGAGGGCAGGCAUCUAGUCGGACUGGACUUUCGGCUUGCAUGCCUGCCGGGCCCUUUCAUGUACAGACUUUAUUGCUGACUGUGUGCCAAACAAUUAUAGAAUGAAUGUGAGUGAGACUGAGAGGGCAGCAGAAUGGAGGACAGAGCUAAAACUUUUCUAAAACAUAGAUAUUUAUGGAAGAGGUGCAAAACUUCUAACGUGUCCAGUAUGCCAGUGGCUUCACAGAAUACAGUUAUAUUAUUAUUAUUAUUAUACAGUGUCUUUCCCUUUUGGUAUAAUUUGCUCCUCUGACACCUCAGCACUUCAGGCCUCCUUGAAAACUGUGAAAGCGAACUCUUCGUCCUAUUCUUGCUCUCAUCCCGUCAGGUGCAAUGUCUUUUCUGCUUUACGGUGCUGGCAUUGAAGCGGAAACCUUUAACUCUGUCCUCCAUCCAUUCGCGCUGCAAGGGUUGAGCCAGAGGGCCACUCUCUUAAAAACAAUUUACCUUCUCUUGGUGUCUAUAUACGGGAAUGAGUGCGUUUGUGUGCUCCGCGCGGCUCUCACACUCCAACAAACCCUCUUCCCCUUCCUCCUUUGGACUGUUAGCCCUGGCCUUGUGCCCCUCCUCUUCCCUGCACUGUCUGUGACCACAACACAUAACUCUCCUCACCCUGCGUCAUCGUCGCACUCGCAUCGACACAUUGCAAAUACAAACUGUGAAGACCUAAAUAGGGGAGAGGGACAUAAACGUGAGCACAGAAACGGCAAAAGUAGAUCUGGAGGACUGGAACUGACCAUGCUGCUACUGAACCGCUUCAAGAGAUUCAAAAGAAGCGGAUCGUGAUUGGACGGGGAAGGCGUCAGUCGUCAGCAGGGGAGGUGCAGCUUUGGGAAUCUGGGUCAGGCUCCUGCACUCUCCCCGCAUCUCCGGUGGCCAGUGGCGGAUGAAGGCAGCCAGGAGAAACCGUCACAUUAGAUCAGCAGGAAGCGGAGCGAGGAAAUGAAUCGGGCCUCCUGCUCCCGGUUCCUCUGUCUGUGCUUGUGUGCAUACAGUUAUGUGAGUUUUUGCGAGGGCUCACAAGUUGUUUUCUGGUGCUAAAAAUUUAACGCAGUGAGGUAUAGAAGUGACGGAAACAACGCCGGUGUGGACACUGUCGUCAGGGCGCGAGUGACAGACUAUAUUUGGAGCGGCUGCUGCUGUGUGGAGAUCUUCUGGAGUCUCAGAGAGAUCAGGUUUACACUGUGGGGUGGAAAGAGGAGGAUCAAAUGCAGGAGAAGAAGAUGCAGGAGGGGUGGGGGUAUAGAGAGGGAUGGCGUUAAGGCCGGAUCUUCUUCAGUCACUCUCCCAAUCUAUAUGAGAAAAUAGCCUUCCAGCCUCUAUGUAUGCAUGAUGUGGGAGCCUCUCCUCCUCCUCCUCACCUUCCUCCUGUCUCUAAUAGCUUAAGGUCCUAUGCCAAGAAGGACUCCAUGUUUCACUGGAGUCUCUGUUUUACAUGCUUUCCCUACAUCGUG